AUGGAACAACAACAACAACAACCAGAGGAGAAGAAGGAAGGGGGGGAGUGGUAUAAAUACCUCAUCACAAUCGCCGUUUAUAUCGGUCUGACCGCUCUGUGGAUAGUCGGUUGUUUGAUUCAUAAGAGGUCUGUCGCCCGUCGGCAAGCUGCGGGGGUGGCCCAAAGCGCUAAAGGCAGAACAGAAUCUAAUGACAAUGGAAACACGUCCAACGAACACAAAAAGGAGGAAGCGGCAAAUAAUAACCCAUCAAACAAUCAGCAAACAUCGCAAUACCCAACUUAUGACUUUUCCAGCAACCAAAACAGGGAAUAUGGGACAGACGCAUACUAUUCAAACAGUUACGACACAAACAACAACGCAUCAAACGAAAACAGAAGAGAUUACAGGAUGUGA